AUGUCGUUGUUAUUGUAUGACUUGGAAUUUUUGUUCCCAUAUAUUGCAGCUGCUCCUGCUCCUCCUCCAGCACCUGUACAGAGUCAACCUCAACCUGCAGCAGGAGGUCUAGGUUCCUCAUUUACCGAUGGAAUGGCCUUUGGUAGUGGAAAUGCAGUUGGCCAUAGGGUAACAGAUGCCGUGUUAGGCCCUCGGGUUUUUAAGCAUGAGGUUCAGGUGGCUGAUUCUGCCCCCUCAGCUUCAUGUGCUGCCUCAAUGACAGCUUUCCAAGAGUGUCUCAAUGUCAACGGAGGCGACCUAAGCAAAUGUCAGUUUUACAUGAAUAUGGUUUGUGAGUGUCGAAGAAGUUCUACCACACUGGCUUGAUUUCUUAGACCUUGAAGACCAGCUUAAUAAUAUUAUGAUGACGACUAGUUUUGUUGGAUAGAGUUUUGGCUCUUUCUUUUUAAGUUAAUCACUAGGUUGUCAUUUAGGGUUCGUAGUUGGUACAUCCAUUUAAUUCUAUUUACUACUUGUUUAAUAUUUCUGAUAAUUCUUGUUUAUGGUUGGCAAUGUAACGUAAUAUAAAACUGUAUGAAAUAACAAACUAUUAAUUCAAAUUAAAUGUUAUAGUCA